CAUAGAGAGACAGAGCGCUCCCAGAGAACCAGGACUCCGCCAUCUUCACAUUGCAAUAUAUAAUAGUAAUAGCCAGCACCAACCCAGCUGCACUGGGGGCUUCCUUCCUUCCAGUCCCAGUGCCAGGCGAGGGGGAGCAGUGCAAAGUGGUGCAGAGGCAUUGGCAAUCCAAAAGCACUAGGGCAAAGCAGUGCCACUUGAACUGGGAAAGAGGAGACACAGUUUUGGCUACCCCUUUAAAAACCCCAGCAAGUGUCAAUUUCUGAAAAAAAUAUUUUUGGGGGCAUUUUUGUGUGUGUGGGCAAUCCCCAUUCUGUACUUCAAAAAAAAAAUCUUGAUUUUUUUUACCCUCCUGGUGGAAGAAGUGCACUUGCCAAUUUGCCAAGCACUCUGGAGAGAGAGAAAAAAAGUGUCACUGUUGGUGCAAAUCCUCCUAAGUUCGAGAAGAGAUUUGGAAGUCCAAGUGACAGAAGCAGUGGAGAAAAGACAGUAAGAGAGAGAGAGAAAAAAAGAAAGAGCUUUUCCUGAUGAUGAUGUUUUUUUAAUUCAGGGGGAUAUCCCACCUAGUGCACCAGAACAACAAAAAAGAGGGUUUUUCUCGUCUCCAUUUUAUUUUAUUUUUUAAAAAGAAGAAAUCAAUAAAGAAGAAGACGAAAGAGUGAACGAAAAAAAAAGAGGAGGAAGAUCCGCCCCCCCACAUCCCCCCCAACCCAGUACAGCUCUCCGGGCGAUGCCAGUGUAAAUGCCAGGGCAAUGUCCCGUCGCAAGCAGGGAAACCCGCAGCACUUGUCACAAAGAGAGAUUAUCACACCAGAGGCUGACCAUGUGGAAACGGUGCUUGCCGACGAAGAUGAGAGCCUGGCAAUAGCGGAGCCGGGUGGCAUCAGCAUCGCCCCAGGUGGGACAGACCCCGAUUUGUUAACCUGUGGACAGUGUCAGAUGAACUUCCCCCUGGGAGACAUCUUGGUUUUUAUAGAGCACAAGAAGAAACAGUGCAAUGGCACUGGUGGUGUCUGCUACGAAAAGAGCCUGGAUAAGAGCAGCCCUCCCCCCUUGUCCCGCUCCGAGCUCAGGAAAGUGUCAGAGCCAGUGGAAAUCGGGAUCCAAGUCACACCCGAUGAAGAAGACCGUCUUCUCACGCCUACAAAAGGAAUUUGCCCCAAGCAGGAGAACAUUGCAGGGCCGUCCAGGCCUGCAAAGCUGCUGGGGGCUCCCAUAGCUGCCUCCUCCCACUCUCACACAUCAGUGAUCACGUCACCUCUCCGCGCACUGGCCUCUUUCCCGCCCUGCCUUAGCCUGCCCUGCUGUGGUGCCCGUGCAGUCUCAGUUGGCGGGACUCAGACUGAGACUCAGACUGAGACUUCAGGCACAUUUGGAUGUCAUUGUCAGUUGUCAGGUAAAGAUGAGCCUUCAAGCUAUAUUUGCACAACAUGCAAGCAGCCUUUUAAUAGCGCUUGGUUCUUGCUUCAGCAUGCCCAGAACACACAUGGAUUCCGCAUCUACCUGGAAACCAGCCCUUCAAACAGUUCCCUUACUCCACGCAUCACCAUCCCUCCUCCUCUGGGACCAGAGACUGUUGCACAGUCCCCGCUGAUGAAUUUCCUUGGAGACAACAACCCUUUUAGUCUUUUGCGGAUGACGGGCCCCAUCCUACGUGAUCACCCCGGAUUUGGUGAGGGUCGGCUCCCCAACACACCUCCACUGUUCAGCCCACCGCCUCGUCAUCAUCUGGAUCCACAUCGCCUUAGUGCCGAAGAAAUGGGGUUAGUUGCCCAGCAUCCCAGUGCCUUUGACAGAGUUAUGCGUUUAAACCCCAUGGCAAUUGAGUCCCCAGCGAUGGAUUUCUCCAGAAGGCUUCGAGAACUGGCAGGAAACAAUUCUACCCCUCCUCCAGUCUCACCGAAUCGCACCAACCCUAUGCAUCGCUUGUUGAAUCCUUUCCAGCCUAGCCCUAAAUCACCCUUUUUGAGCACUCCGCCAUUGCCACCAAUGCCCCCAAGCAGCACUACGCCGCCGCAGCCUCAGGCGAAGAGUAAGUCCUGUGAAUUCUGUGGGAAAACAUUCAAGUUCCAGAGUAAUCUUAUCGUGCACCGACGCAGUCAUACAGGAGAAAAGCCCUACAAAUGUCAACUCUGUGAUCAUGCUUGCUCUCAGGCCAGCAAGCUAAAACGUCAUAUGAAAACACAUAUGCACAAAGCUGGUUCCAUGACAGGCAGGUCAGACGAUGGACUCUCCACCACAAGUUCUCCUGAGCCAGGCACAAGUGAGCUCACUGGAGAGGGACUAAAAUCCAGUGAGACAGAUUUCAGGAAUGAGAGUGAUCCCUCCCUGGGCCAUGACAAUGAAGAAGAGGAAGAAGAAGAGGAGGAGGAAGAGGAGCUUGAAAAUGAGAGCAGGCCAGAGUCAAGCUUCAGCAUGGACUCAGAGCUAAGUCGUAACCGAGAGAACGGUUCCAAAUCGCUACCAGAUGAAAAAUCCCUUGUCCUUGGAAAAGUUAUAGAGAAUGUAAGUCUCGGUGCCAUCCAGCAAUACAAUGACAUGCUAGCUGAAAAACAGAAGAGGAGUAGCUUCAUGAAAAGGUCUUCUGAUCAGCGAGACCUGUGUCCUCAAGACCUCUGUCAGAGAGACACAGGCGAUGAAGACUCAGUGGCAGGAGAGCUUGACCGCACUGAGGAAGGGACGGUCAAUGGAAGAAACUUUGGCCCAGGUGAGCCCUUCCCAGGCUUGUUCCCUCGCAAGCCAACACCUAUCACGAGCCCCAGUUUAAACAACUCUUCUAAAAGAAUAAAAAUAGAGAAAGAUUUGGACUUACCACCAGCAACAAUAAUACCUUCUGAAAAUGUUUACUCCCAGUGGCUGGUAGGGUAUGCAGCAUCAAGGCACUUCAUGAAGGAUCCGUUUCUAGGAUUCACAGACUCCCGACAAUCCCCCUUUGCAACCUCUUCUGAGCAUUCUUCAGAGAACGGAAGCCUGCGUUUCUCCACUCCACCAGGUGACAUGCUAGAUGGGGGUCUCUCAGGGCGCAGUGGGACAGCGAGUGGAGGCAGCACUCCCCACAUCAGUGGACCUGGUCCCGGUCGACCCAGUUCAAAGGAAGGGCGGAGGAGCGAUACAUGCGAGUACUGUGGCAAGGUCUUUAAGAACUGCAGCAACUUAACGGUGCACCGCCGAAGCCACACUGGAGAGCGGCCUUACAAAUGCGAGCUCUGCAACUAUGCAUGUGCCCAGAGCAGUAAGCUGACACGUCAUAUGAAAACGCAUGGCCAGAUAGGAAAGGAGGUCUACCGCUGCGACAUUUGCCAGAUGCCCUUCAGUGUUUACAGCACCCUGGAGAAACACAUGAAAAAGUGGCAUGGAGAACAUUUGCUGACAAAUGACGUCAAAAUUGAGCAGGCAGAAAGAAGCUAAGACCCCCACUGGGUUAAAUCAGGGGUCUAGGUAACAUUUAAUUUGUACAGUUUAACUAUUGCCAACUGAGAAAAGCUGACCUAACUUGCCUCCGUAAACAUAACUUAGCAUAACUAUAGUAGGUGCCAGACCUUGGCACUUAAAUAUAACCUGUGUCUACAAAGUUCUAUUAAACCUGAGGGUUGAUUAAGGCAGUAAAAUUGUGGAGCCUUUUAACUGUGCAAUAAUUUCUGUAUUUAUUGGGUUUUUGUAAUUUUUUGGCAUGUGCAGGUACUUUUUUUUUAUUCUUUCUGUUUAAAUUUCUUUUAAAAUUUUGUUGGGUAUCCCUUUUUAAUUUUACCCAGUAGUAGCCUGAGAUUACUUGCAUUGUAGGGGGAGAGGCAUAUCUUUUUAAAUUAUAAUUUUGGGGCCGCUGCUUUGUUGAAAUUUAAGCUAAGCAUGUGUAAUUUCUUGUGAAGAAGCCAACAUUUUAACUGAAUUCUUCUUCUUCUUCUUCUUCUUCUUCUUCCUUUUUUAUAAAAUAACCUUGGAGAUUAGGGAAAAUAAAAUUGUACAGCGGAUAACAAUCUUUAAAAUUAGCACUUUCUUUUGGAAUUGGAUCUGGUAUGUAGCACUGACAAUGUCGCUAAAGAUAGAGGCCUUUUCUAUGUAGACUUCAACAUUAAAGUUAUGUCAACUAAAAAGACAUGGGUGCAGGUAUUUUCUGAAGGCAGCUACAUUGAACAAAGCAAUAGCAUUCUUAAUUGUGGAUUAUUAUCAGAUAGUUUCUUAGCGUUAUUAAUGAUAUGUACUGAGAUGCCGCCAUUUUGUCACAUGUUCCAGGUUCAGUAAUUAAAAUAACUGAAAGAAUCCUCACAGUUGUAAUAAAAGCUCUUUUAAGGUAUUGUAGCAUCCUUCUCCACCCUUGGAUGAAUGAAAUGCCAUUCUUUUAGUUUAACACACACACACGCAUGGACACACACAAAUCUAAACAAGUUUGGGAUAUAUGUACAAACCACCAACUUAGCUCAGUAGUAUACUGCAACUGGAAUCACUAUAAUUAAGGCAAUUGUAACUAAGGCUGAUUGGUAGGUUUCUCAGUCCGAUAGAACAGAAUUUAUAAGGUAUUUGGAUGGCGAGUAGAAAAUAUCAGGAUUAUCUCAUAUAAUGCACAACGAUGUUAUUGUGAGGAAGGGGAAAAAGUAAUCAUUAUACGUACGAUGGGCUGAUUCUGCUCCCACUGAAGUCAAUGAG